UGAUCCGAAAUUUGCCGAACGAAUUCCCGUACACAGCAGCAUGCACAAUCCAUGCACAGGGGCCGAGUCUCACGACUCUCGAUUCUGCAACACACGCGAGCGGCGCUGGGACCGGCACUGCGUCGGCGGCUCCAUCGCAUCGGCAGCGAGACGCGCCUCGCCGACUAACCGAGCCUCGCGUCGGCGGUGCUCCUCGUAUGGGACCUGCGCCCGCGGCCCGUCGUCCUCAUCCGCUGGCCGCCCGCCCGCCGGCACAUCCGCGGGCGCGCUCUCAGGCCUCGAGCCGCCAGGCAGCGAAGCAAAAGAAGAGGAUCUCAAGUUCACGGCCGGCAGCGUCUUUGAGCCGCUUUCGAGGCUCAAAGGAACGCGGCAAAGUGCUAGUCUUUGCGGCAUCCUCCGAUUACAGGCUGGACGGGCGUUACACGACCUCGUAGGUCCAUCGCUCCUCUACCGAGACGCGCAAGUGACACCCCCGCUGGCUAUCCCUCUUGUCAAAACGGCAUCAGUCACCGGCUGCCGGAAAUAGAAUGCGUCACCUACGCCCAGUCGUUAUUCUCCCGGAAACCGCAAAUUUGUGCAGUGCUGACCGGUCGCUGUGAUUCGCAGUCCACGCCACGAGCGAGUUCUGCGGUUUGCGGGGCAUCGCUUUGCGUCUGCUUCGAAUUGUCGUGGAGUCGACGCCUGUACUCGCUCGAUGAUGAUGAUGGCGAUCCCGUUAUGACAAGGAGAUGGUGUCAGCGCUGUGAAUUGAGGAGGGACCUGUGCGGAAGAAUGAAUUCACGACCCUGACCGCAGCUGCGUUUGGUUCCUUUCGUACGACUGAGGAGGUGUUGGUCGUCGAUCGUGGAAUCCGGAUUCAGUACCUUUUUCUCCUGGGUCAUGGCUCGUUGGAUACAGCUCUGCUCUGAAGAGUAUGGGAGCCGAUUUGUGAGCCACUGAAAGUAUUCGUGACAGGCCGGUACGUACAUGAUCAGCUGACAGAAGUUCAUUCCGAGUGGAAUCCCAGCAGAGAGCUGCCCGAUCACCUGGCCAUGCAGGUUGUCAAUGUGCAUAGUCGUAGUGGCGGGGCCUUUUCUGCUGCUUGCUGCGAUUGGUGAAUUGAACAGAGAUGACCUUCUGGUUUGAUUAGUGAUCAUCCAGUCCAAUCAGAGCGUUUUAUUCCAGAAUUUGGAUAUCAUUCUGAGAGGCUCAACGAUAUCAAGAUGGAGCAUCAGCUUCACAGAAGUUCCCGAUACUCUGCGCAGUUCGAAUUGAAUGUCCGUCCGACCUUCAGAAGAGAGUUCUUCAACAUAACGGACAACGUCAUCUCUGAGAAGGUGGAGGAAUUGGCAUCAGAACAUCUCGGUUCUCCUCCGCUAUUCCGCAAGUCCUUCGAUGACUUCCGUCCGACCCCGACGCAAGAUCACUCAACCUCAUCAAACUCGACAAAUUCUAACGCGGGAUGAAAAGUCCACGGCAGAAGCAGCGGAUUUCAACCCGAGUCAAUCAAAAUGGCUGGAACCCACCCACAGUCGAGACGAGCAACUCCACAGAAACGAGAUUGCGUGAAGCGAGACUCGCUACGCCGGUCGUCUCAAUCCACAUUCGAGGAAAACUCUCCAUCUCGUGCACGAAUUUCGGUUCGUUCGGGUCAAUCGCAGCACAGCACGUCGCCAACAUGUGCGACCCAGUAACUUCCAAACGCUACCGUGGAACAAUAUGUCAAGAAGCAAGCGGAAGGCGAGGUGGCCUGCCCACGCAGCAUGCUUCGCCCCAUGUCUACUUGUCAAAUUGACCGGCGGACCUUCAGAUUGCCUCGAUUGCUUCGAAAUGAUACACAACAAUGCACGCUAUUAUUAACUCGCACGACCCGCAGUCAACAGAGGGAUCCUGGCAGAUUACACUGCAGAAGGUGACUGGUAGUCCAUACAGCUGAUAGUACUCAUGGAACCAGUGCUUCAUGGAUCUUUGACCUGAUGGUCAACACCAUGUUUCAGAGCUUCGGGUGUAUAAUAAAGCUUACGACCUGCUUUCGCUACAAAU